AUGGAUAGUGAGAAAGGGAAAAGACAAACCGAGGAUAAAGAAGAGGCAGCAUACAUUCUAGAAGUGUUGCGGUCUGGAGAGCGUGUGCUCUACCUCCAAGGAAUCCUCAAAUUCGAAGCCAGUCACUGCCAGCUUGGAACAUAUGCCGAGGAGACGGACUCGCGAGCAGUUUAUUCUAUACGUGAGCCUAUGUCGCCCCUGCCAAACGGGCCAACACCCAGUGACGUACUCAAUGCAGUACAGACUGAUUGCGAAAGCAGACGACAAUAUAUCCGACCAAGAGAUGACCGGUUAUUCAGAGCUACAUAUGACCACCCCGAUGGAACACGAGAUUGUUCUACGUGUGACCAGAACCAGCUAGUAGACCGUGAACCCCGAGAAACCAACAUGCCUGAUUUCCAUUACGGUUUGAUUGCUUCUGGUGAUCAGGUCAUGAAGGAUGCCAAAAUUCGAGACUCUAUUGCGCAAGAGUUGAAUUUGCUCUGUUUCGAAAUGGAAGCUGCCGGGUUCAUGGAUCAACUCCAGCCUCUUGUGAUUCGAGGAAUAUGCGACUAUUGCGACUCCCAUAAAAACAAAAAGUGGCAAGAGUAUACGGCUGUUGCUGCUGCUGCUUAUGCAAAAGUGUUCAUAUCAAAGAAUCCUUCGCCCCAAUGA